UAAUUGUUUCUAGGCUUGUGAAUGAAAAAGGUACCUAUCUGGUGAUACUUGAGACCCCGCUUAGAGUCGUGAAAAUGCGUGUUCUUCUGAGCUUACAAUUCGUGGGCUGCUUGCUAAUCGUAGCCCAUGCUCAGAAUGAUGGAAAGUAUAGACCGUCGCCCGGCGAGAUAACAACACAAAGGCCACGGACGUACAGGCCGUACGUUGAUGGAAGGUUUCUUCAGUCUCCGUACAGUCCCUACCGCUACUCGACCGAUCCGCGGUACUACAACCGAAAUGAUGGACGCUAUGUGCCAGUCAACGAUGGUCGGUAUGUGGCAAGAAACGACGGUCGAUAUGUGCACGUAGACAACAAGUACAAACACCUCGACGGACCAAGUGGCAGUGGAGCCGGCAAACAAGGACCUUCCGGUGGAACUGGCCGAGUGCCAGUGGUCAGCAGACUUGGUGGCGAUGGAACCGAGAGUGGAACUUCCAAACCAACCCCAUUGCCUUCGCCGCCUCCAACUCCGGUGCCUAGCUUAGCCAAAGCAGUGCAAGCGAAGGUUGCUCCGAAGCCAGCCUACGCACCCGACGGGUGGAAAAUUAUUCGUCUGGAAAAUCAGAUCGAAAAUGAUGGCUAUCAUUAUGUAUUUGAAACUGAGAACGGCAUUUUGGCUGAAGAAGCGGGACGCAUCGAAGACAAAGGCACUCCGACGGAAGGGUUGCGCUCGCAGGGCUUCUAUCAGUACGUUGGCGACGAUGGAGUUGUCUACCGUGUUGAUUACGUUGCUGACGGCAACGGAUUCCUUCCACAGGGCGACCAUAUUCCGAAAGUUCCGCCGGCCAUCGAAAAGCUUCUCAAGUAUUUAGCCGCUCAGCCGAAAAAGUAAACCAUGGCAACGGAAAACUCUGAUGGGAAACAGCAAACAACAAACGAAUUAAAAAGGAUAUUUUGGAAUGCGAUCACGAU